ACCGGAAAGGAACAAACAAACGUGAAUGCGGGAUGCCAGAACCAACUAAAAAAGCAGCCAAAGCACCUCUGAAGGAUGCUGCAAAGAAAGCUGGAAAAGAUACAACUCCAGCAGCAGAGGAGACCCUACCAAAAACAGCCCCCCCAGCUGAUGAACCAUCAGAUGCCCCUGCAGAAACCCCUGCUCCAUCUGAACCUCCUGCCCCAACUCCAGACCACCCUUCAGAGACCAAUGGUCAUGCUCCGGACACUGGAGAUCAUGACGAAAAUCAACCACCUGACACGAGGCAGGACCUGACCGGGCUCUUUACAGAGAAGCCUAAAAGCGGAGAGGUGACCGUGGGUGAGAAUAUCACCUUUGUGGCAAAAGUAUGUGCUGCCUCCCUGCUGAAGAAGCCUUCGGUCAAGUGGUUCAAAGGAAAAUGGAUGGACCUGGCUAGCAAGUCAGGAAAACACCUGCAGCUCAAAGAGCUUUAUGACCGCAACACCAAGACGUUUACCUUCGAGAUACACAUCAUCGGAGCCAAAGCUAACUUUGCUGGAGGAUACAGAUGUGAAGUGUCAUCAAGAGACAAGUUUGACAGCUGUAAUUUUGACUUGACUGUGCACGAGGUUCAGGCAGUAGAGGGGUUUGAUAUUCGAGCAGCAUUCAGGCGCACGAGCAUAUCAGCAGGCGGUAAGAAGAACAUGGGAGGACAUGGCAGUAGCACAGAUGCAGGUGAUGCAGGAGAGCUGGACUUCAGUGGUUUACUUAAAAAGAGCAUGGUCCAUGUAAGCAACAAGCCUGACGUGGAUGUGUGGGAUAUCCUUCAUGCCGCUCCCCCCUCAGAGUACGAGAAGAUCGCUUUCCAGUACGGUAUCACAGACCUGAGGGGUAUGCUUAAGAGACUGAAGAAGAUGAAAAAGGAAGAGAAAAAGAGUGCAGCUUUCCUUAAAAAGCUGGACCCAGCAUAUCAGGUUGAAAAGGGACACAAGAUCAAGCUACAGAUUGAAGUGGCUAAUCCUGAUGCAGAAGUAAAAUGGCUAAAAAAUGGACAGGAAAUCCAUCCAACAGGAAGCAAGUACAUCUUUGAGAGUGUGGGCAACAAACGCUUUCUCACUAUCAAUAACUGUUCUCUGGCUGACGAUGCUGCCUACACCUGUGUGGUGGGAGAAGAAAAGAGUUUCACCGAGCUGUUUGUAAAAGAGCCUCCGGUGCUGAUUCUGCGCAACCUUGAGGAUCAGAUGGCCAUGAAAGGUGACAGAGUAGAGUUUGAGUGUGAGGUCUCAGAGGAAGGAGCCCAGGUCAAAUGGGAAAAAGAUGGAGUGGAGCUUACUCGAGAUGAAUCCUUCAAGUAUCGCUUCAAAAAAGAUGGUUCCAAGCACGUACUCAUCAUAAACGAUGUCACCAAAGAGGAUUGUGGCCACUACCAGGUGAAGACCAAUGGAGGUCAAUCUAUGGCUGAGCUCAUGGUGCAGGAGAAAGACCUGGAGGUGUAUCAGAGCAUUGCAGACCUGACAGUAAAAGCGAAGGAAGAAGCAGUUUUUAAGUGUGAGGUGUCGGAUGAAAAUGUCAAAGGAAUCUGGUACAAAAAUGGUGUAGAGGUUAAGCCUGAUGCCAGAACCCACAUCACACACAUUGGACGGAUUCAUAAGCUCACUAUUGAUGACGUGCGUCCAGAGGAUGAAGGAGACUACACCUUUGUUCCUGAAGGCUAUGCAUUUAACCUUUCCGCCAAACUUAACUUCUUGGAGGUGAAGAUUGACUUUGUCCCUCGUCAAGACCCUCCCAAAAUCCACCUGGACUGCACGGGAAAAACUGCAGAUUCUACAAUUUUGGUGGUGGCUGGGAACAAGCUACGUCUGGACGUGCCAAUCACUGGAGAUCCCGCUCCCACUGUAGUUUGGACCAAGUCAGAUAAGGUAUUGACGGAUUCAGGUGGACGGGUCCAUGUUGAAAGCACAAAGGGGCAUUGCAUCUUGACUGUUGAGGGGGCAGAACGUCAGGAUGAAGGAGUGUACUCUGUUAUUGUACGGAACCCAGCAGGAGAGGAUACUGCUGACAUUCAUGUCAAAGUUGUGGAUGUACCAGACCCACCUCAGGCACCCAGAAUCCUCAGUGUUGGAGAAGACUCCUGUAUUGUCCAGUGGGACCCACCACUGUUUGAUGGUGGCCAGCCAGUUUUGGGCUAUGUGUUGGAGAGGAAGAAGAAAAAGAGCUACAGGUGGAUGAGGCUGAACUUUGACCCCUAUAAGGACACCACAUUUGAGGCAAAGAGGAUGAUUGAAGGAAUGGCCUAUGAGAUGCGAGUGUACGCUGUGAACAAUAUCGGCAUGUCACGACCCAGUGCUGCCUCCCAGCCGUUUGUUCCUAUUGCACCUUCCAGUGAGCCCGUAGGCCUUUGUGUGGACGACAUCAGUGACACUACUAUCACUCUGAAGUGGAGGACUCCGGAGAGAGUGGGCUCAGCUUCAAUCGAUGGCUAUGGGGUCGAGUACUGCAAGGAAGGCACUGAUGAGUGGAUUCCAGCAUUUGAAGGCCUUACUGAGAGAACCUCCGUGAUUAUUCGUGACCUCCCCACAGGAGAAAAGAUGCAUUUUCGUGUUCGAGCUUAUAAUGUGGCUGGACCGAGCCCCCCCGCCACUCUGCCCCAGGCCGUCACCAUCCGAGAGAUCAUGCAACGUCCCAAAAUUUGGGUCCCACGUAAUCUCCGCCAGACCAUCAUCAAGAAAGUCGGGGAGACCGUUAACCUGGUGAUCCCAUUCCAGGGUAAACCUCGGCCAAAGGUAACCUGGACAAAAGAUGGUGAGCCCCUCGACCCAAAACAGGUGAGCGUGAGGAACAGUGAGACUGACAGCAUCCUCUUUAUCAGGAGGACAGAGCGCAAGGACUCUGGGAAAUAUGACCUUCAGGUGCAGAUUGAAAAUGUAGAGGACAAAGCCACAGUGACCAUUCAGAUUGUGGACUUACCCGGGUCUCCUCAGAACCUGAAGGUGGUGGAUGUAUGGGGUUUUAAUGUGGCGCUGGAGUGGAAGCCUCCCAAAGACAAUGGCAACUGUGAAAUUACCGGCUACACCAUUCAAAAAGCUGACAAGAAGACAAUGGAAUGGUACACCGUUUACGAGCAGUAUCGCCGCACUAACUGUGUGGCGUCUGACCUGAUCAUGGGAAAUGAGUACAUAUUCCGAAUAUUUGCUAUCAACAUGGUGGGCCUGAGUCCAGAGCCAUGCCAGUCUAAAGACAGCAUCUAUAUCCAGAAAACAGGCAUCGAUUAUAAACCUCCAACAUACAAAGAGCAUGACUUUUCAGAGGUGCCCAAGUUCACACACCCCCUGGUAAACCGCUCGGUCAUCGCAGGGUACAAUGUCACACUCAGCUGUUCUGUAAGAGGCAUUCCUAAGCCAAAAAUAACAUGGUACAAGAACAAGAUGGACAUCACAAAUGAAGCCAAGUACCGCAUGCUCAGCAAGCAGGGAGUUUUGACUCUGGAGAUCAGAAAGCCAUGUCCUUUUGAUGGAGGGGUGUACAUGUGCAAAGCUGUUAACGCCAGCGGAGAGGACAUGGUGGAGUGCAAGCUGGAGGUUCGACCUCAAAUUGCCAAAGAGGAAACCAAGAAGUGAGACUUAUCUCCAGAUUUGGACACGGUGGGGCCUCAUGUGUCUGUCCAGGCGUCACACUGAGCUCAGGAUACAUCAAAGGUCACAAUACAGAGCAGAAAGAGAUCAUUGUGUUCACCCACAUCCCCACGGUUUCUAUACAUUACUUCAUGUAGCUAUGCAUUCUUUCAUUGAUGUGUCUGUUGCUUGUGUUCAUUUCAUUUUAUUAGUUUGACGUAAUUGAAAUAGUUCAUCGCUGUUGGGUUUAAAUGAUGCGUAGAAAUCAUUAUAAUCACCUCAAAGUUUGUGUUGUGUUCUCUCUUGCACCUUGCAAUGCUUUAUGUAAUUUAUCGAAAAAUAAAUUUAAAUUGACUCUCAAUACAA